CGCACGCUGUCGGUGUGGAGUCUGUUGUCCUGGUAACGCGUCCGCGGUAACGGUAACCGGGAAUGGCGAGUUUACUGGGAGAAACUCUGUUUGAGAUCAGCGGACAGGGUCCUGCACCUACGAAGGACUAUUUCCACUUUGCGAUAACAAAAUCUCAGGUCAUUUGGAGCUGGUGGAAGAUAUCUUUGAGAUCAGACUGCAAGAACACACCACCAGGACAACUGAGCCAAUCACAUCAAGACUUUUUAGAAGACAGUCGUCUGCAAAAUCAAGUGGCUGUGGUAUUUGGUCCUCACAUCUUGCAGUACUCCAAAAAUUUAUGCCAGGGCCUUUAUGAUUACAUUGUCCGUCUCCCCAAUGCUUUACUUUUCAACAUCAUGUCACAUCUGGACCUUGAAGACAUUUCAGUCGUUUCACGCACCUGCCGUAGGUUUAGAGAGCUUUGUAACUCGGAGGAGUUCUGGGAGCAGACAGUGAGGAGGCACUGUGACUCUGUGACACCAACAGUGGAGGCUUUAGCUGAGGAGGUUGGCUGGAGGACAGUUUUCUUCACCAACAAGCUGCAGCUGCAGAUGCUGAUUAGUCGCCGGAAGCAGAAGGAGAAUCAGCCCUGGUUCACUAGCUCCAAUGUAGCUGAUAACUAUAUGCUUUUGGAGAUUGUAAAAGCAUUUGUCCACUUUGGAGCUUUCAUUGUCACUGGUCUCUUUACCUGCCUCAUCAUAGCGACAGUGUGGCACAACCAGGGCCUGCAUCAGAACCCUCUGUAACAAAUUAGCUCAAAGUGAGAUGUACAUAAUUAAUCAUAAUAGGUUAUUAUUAACUACAUUCAUCUUCAGGAAUUACUUGUAGCAUUAUAGCAUUAAUAGUACAAUAAA